AUAUAGUUACAGAGGAUGCGAAGAAUUACAAAAAAAAUAUUAUUCUUUUUUCUAGGACUACUAUUAAUUGGUUUCUAUUGUGAAUAUAUUAUUUAUUAUGUAGUUAUUUUACAGUGUUACUGGCCUACGAUUGAAACGAGUCACGGUAGUAAUGAAAUUUUACAAGCGUUUAUUCUGUCAGAUACUCAUUUGCUCGGACCUUACCGAGGUCACUGGUUAGAUAAAUGGAGAAGAGAAUGGCAGAUGCACCGUGCGUUUCAAACAAUAAUAAGCUUACACAAACCCGAUGUUGUCUUUAUUUUAGGAGAUCUCUUUGAUGAAGGAGAAUGGACUGAUAAUAAGCAAUUUAAAGAAUAUGUAUCUAGAUUUCAUAGGUUAUUUUCAGUGCCUAAUAGUAUUAAGAUGUUUGUUGUUGUUGGAAAUCAUGAUAUAGGAUUUCAUAAUAGAAUAAGAAGAGGUUUUGCUGAAAGAUUUUCUAAGCUUUUAAAAGCACCUUCUAUUCAACAUUUAGUGUUAAAGAAUAACCAUUUUGUAUUAAUAAAUUCAAUGGCUCUAGAGGGGGAUUCGUGUAAUUUGUGUACAGAAGCUAGAAGACAAAUUGAAAAUGUAUCAGAGAAACUAUUUAGAUGUGCACACAAUCCAGUUCAUUGCGUUGAUGAUAAUUCUACAUUUAAUUACAGCCAGCCUAUAUUGAUGCAGCACUUUCCCCUCUAUAGGGUAUCCGAUGCAAUUUGCACAGAUCCUGAUGCUCCACCAUUACCAGAGAAAAAUAAGUUGUUUAGAUUAAAAAUUGAUGCUUUAUCCAAAGAAGCAACAAAUUAUCUAGUAAGAAAAAUUAAGCCAAGGGCAGUAUUUGGUGGACACACGCACCAUGGGUGUCUAGUUGAACAUUCUUAUAAAGAGCCUGAUGCCAAGUUUUUGGAAUAUUCUGUACCAUCUUUUUCAUGGAGAAACAGACCAAAUCCAAAAUAUAUGCUGGCAACAAUUGCACCUGAUGUAUAUGCUGUACAAAAAUGUGGACUUCCUAGAGAGUCAACCAUAGCUCUCACUGCCAUAAUUAUGAUAAGUAUCCUAGUUGGAUGUUUAUUGACAACAAGAUCAUUGGGAAGGGAUUAUUUUUGAAUAAAAAAAUUAUUUUUCAAC